AAAAGGAAUUAUACCUGGUUAGUACCCAAAUUUCAAAAGCAAAACGCAAAACCCGGAGGAUUUUAUAUUUUCCAAACCAACAUCCUCCUUCCUUUUCCAACAAUCCUGAGUGCUAAAUCUCAUCUCACAAACCACAUUAAUACCCUCAACUCAUCUUCUCAACAUCAUUCUCCACUUCGUUCUUUAACCAUAAACACACAAAUCAUCAUGGACAACAGCAGUUCUGGUUCAUUAGGCCCAGGAGGCCUCGACCUAACCCAAAUCUUCUUCAAACCCAUCUCCAACGCAUCCCCUCCAUCUCUCACCAAAAGCCACAACAAGAUCUCCGUCAUCGGCGCCGGAAAUGUAGGAAUGGCCAUUGCUCAAACCAUCCUCACUCAAGACCUCACCGACGAGCUCGUUAUCGUGGAUAACAAACCCGACAAGCUCCGCGGCGAGAUGCUCGACCUUCAGCACGCUGCUGCUUUCCUCCCCCGCGUCAAGAUCAACUCCUCCGUUGAAUACUCCGUCACCGCCGGCUCUGAUCUGUGUAUCGUUACCGCCGGUGCACGACAGAUAGCGGAUGAGUCCAGGCUUAACCUUCUCCAGAGGAACCUUGCGCUUUUCCAGGGAAUUAUACCCGUUCUGGCUAGUUACUCGCCGGAAACGAUUCUCAUAAUCGUGUCUAACCCCGUUGACGUUCUCACCUAUAUCGCAUGGAAGCUUUCCGGGUUUCCAUCGAACAGGAUCAUCGGCUCGGGUACCAAUUUGGAUUCGUCUCGCUUUCGUUUCCUCCUUGCUGAUCACCUCCAGGUCAAUGCGCAGGAUGUUCAGGCAUGCAUAGUAGGGGAGCAUGGGGAUAGUUCAGUGGCAUUAUGGUCAAGUAUUAGCGUUGGGGGUGUUCCUGUUCUGAGUUUUUUGGAGAAACAACAAAUUGCUUAUGAGAAAGAAACGCUGGAGAAUAUACACAAGAAAGUGAUUGACAGUGCUUAUGAAGUCAUCAAUCUAAAAGGCUACACUUCAUGGGCUAUCGGGUACUCUGUGGCUAGUUUGGCUCGGUCGAUUAUUAGGGAUCAAAGAAAGAUCCACCCUGUGUCUGUUUUGGCUACGGGAUUUUAUGGCAUUGGUGAUGAUGUUGAAGUGUUUUUGAGCUUGCCGGCACAGCUUGGUAGAGGUGGAGUACUUGGUGUAACCAAUGUGCACAUGAAUCAAGAGGAGGAAGAGAGGUUUAGGGACUCUGCUAAAACCAUCUUAGAGGUUCAGACUCAGUUGGGUAUUUGAAUGGGUAAUUUGUUUAUACUUUCCAUAGUUAUCUUCCACUGCAAGUGUUUUUUUUGUUUACCACUUGCUUAUAUCCAAAAUGUUGGCAGUAUUCAGAUCUUGUCGUAUGAUGUCUAAUGUGUAAAUAUUUACACAUACCACUCAAAUUUCAAUAUAAUUUUUCUAUUAGUCUUUG